AAUUGAACGAAUGAAUGUGCAUUGCUCAGAGCAAAAAGAGUAACACAACAACAAAUUGCUCCACUUGACAUAUGUCAUAUGUGUGGCUCAGACGCAGACUUUGAUGCUCAAAUCAAAAUCUCUUCGCACACAUUUCCACCGCCGCACAACUGCAAAUUCAGAGGAACAUUCAAUUAUUGAGCAUUCAUCAAAUGGUUAAACCUCGCCGCGUAUAAAAGGGGAAUAGGGAGAAACGUUGUUGUUGCUCGAAGGAAGUGGCUGUGGAGAUGUCUUUGCAACUAAACUGCAAAACGGCGUUCCCUUGUAGAGGCGCUUGUUUCAAACUCAACCCGUUACCUCGUCGUUCAGUAACCUUUGCAACUGGUUACAUAUGUUCACCGUGUAAAGCAGGUUGGGGUGCUUCCUUUGUCUCUGCAAGUGCAGAUUUUUCUCGGAGGAGACAACCGAAGAAGGUGUCAGUUGCAAGGUCCAAGGGCACUGCUGCGAAGGGUUUUGUCCCAGGAAACCAGAGCAGGAGUAAAAAGAAUGCAAGAGUGAAGAAGGGAGAGUUAACUCCUGUAGUCAGUGAGGUUUCAGGGGUUGAUAAAAAACAAACAGUUGAUGUGAAUAUUGAUGAUGAUACAGAAGGGGAAGUUGGAUUUUCCCAAGAGGUUGUAGAUAGAACUGAUGAAAUUGUUGGGGGUUUGGGGGAAUUAUCAUUGUUAGAUGAGACAGUGGGUGUUGUUGGGAACAAUGGAGGUAACAUUUCUAUAAUUGAUGAGGAUGUUGAAAUUCUUGAGCUACGGAAUGAGAUUCCUUCAAAUGGAGGUGUUGGGGUUGUUCAAGAUUCGGAAGAAGGGUUAUUAGACCGUGCAGAAAUUGAUGAAAGAGUUAAAGAAACAGAUACUGAUAUUGAUGGUGAAAUAGCUGAGGAAGCUGUUGAGGAAUCAACCACUGCUGAUGAUGAUAGAAUAAAUGAGGAGGCUGCUCGGCUGUUGGAGUUGGAAGCAAAUCAGCGCAGGCAGGAGAUAGAGAGGAUUGCAGAGGAAAAUCUGUUUGAAGGGACUAAGCUGUUUGUAUAUCCUCCUGUGGUUAAACCCGAUCAAGAUAUAGAAAUUUUCCUUAACAAGAACCUUUCAACACUAAGUGAGGAACCAGACAUUCUGAUCAUGGGGGCAUUCAAUGAUUGGAAGUGGAAAUCUUUUACAGUUAGGUUGAAUAAGACUAGUUUCAAGGGUGAUUGGUGGUCUUGCCAAUUAUAUGUUCCAAGAGAAGCCUAUAAGGUAGACUUUGUGUUCUUCAAUGGACAAAACGUCUAUGACAAUAAUGACCAAAAAGACUUCUGCAUAAACGUACAUGGAGGAAUGGAUGCAAUAGAAUUUGAAGAAUUCUUGCUUGAGGAGAAACGUAAGGAAUUAGAAAAACUUGCUUGGGAGCAAGCUGAAAGGGAAAGACAAGCUGAAGAGCAAAGGAGAACGGAGGCAGACAGAGCUGCAAAGGAAGAGGACAGGUCACGGGCGAGGGUGGAGGUUGAAAGAAUGCGGGAAACGUUGCCACAAUUGAUGAAAAAUGCUGUGAAAUCAAUUGAUAAUGUUUGGUAUAUUGAACCAAGUGAAUUUAGAGGCAAGGACUUGAUCAGAUUAUAUUAUAACAGAAGCUCAGGUCCUCUUGCACAUGCUGAUGAAAUAUGGAUUCAUGGUGGGCAUAAUAAUUGGAAGUAUGGAUUGUCAAUUGUUGAAAGGCUUGUCAAGUCUGUUUUAAAAGGAGGUGAAUGGUGGUAUGCCGAUGUUGUUGUACCUGACCAAGCUCUUGUCCUUGAUUGGGUCUUUGCUGAUGGUCCACCUCAGAAGGCAGUGGUGUAUGAUAACAAUUGUAAACAAGAUUUCCAUGCCAUUGUCCCUAAGGCUAUACCUGAUGAACAGUUUUGGGUCGAGGAAGAGCAGCUGCUAUACAGACAAUUUCAGGAGGAGAGGAGGUUAAGAGAGGAAGCUAUACGGGCAAAGGUUGAAAAAAUAGCACGGUUGAAAGCCGAAACAAAGGAAAGAACUUUGAAAAGAUUUUUGCUUUCUCAAAAGCACAUUGUAUUCACUGACCCUCUCGAUGUUCGAGCAGGAAGCACAGUGACAAUAUUUUAUAACCCCUCCAAUACAAAUCUGAAUGGAAAACCAGAGGUUUGGUUUAGAUGUUCAUUUAAUCGUUGGUCGCACCGUAAUGGUCCAUUGCCACCUCAGAGAAUGCUACCUGCAGAGAAUGGCACUCAUGUCAAAGCCUCCAUUAAGGUUCCACUGGAUGCAUACAUGAUGGAUUUUGUAUUCUCUGAGAGUGAACAUGGUGGAGUUUUUGAUAACAAAUUUGGCAUGGAUUAUCACAUACCGGUUUUUGGAGGUAUUGUAAAGGAACCACCUUUGCAUAUCAUCCAUAUUGCUGUGGAGAUGGCCCCAAUUGCAAAAGUUGGAGGCCUUGGUGAUGUUGUUACCAGUCUAUCUCGGGCUGUUCAGGAUUUAAAUCACAAUGUGGACAUUAUUCUUCCAAAAUAUGACUGUUUGAACCUUAGCAAUAUAAAGGACUUGCAAUGUCAGAGAAACUAUUUUUGGGGUGGGACUGAAAUAAAAGUAUGGCAUGGAAAAGUUGAGGGCCUCUCUGUCUACUUUUUGGAGCCUCAAAAUGGAUUCUUUCAGGUUGGCUGUGUAUAUGGUCGUGGGAAUGAUGCAGAGAGAUUUGGUUUUUUUUGUCAUGCUGCUCUUGAGUUUCUACUCCAAAGUGGAUUUCAUCCUGAUAUAAUCCACUGCCAUGAUUGGUCAAGUGCUCCAGUUGCUUGGCUAUUUAAAGACACCUAUACAAGUUAUGGUCUAAGUAAAGCAAAAGUUGUCUUCACAAUUCAUAACCUUGAAUUUGGAGCCCAUUUCAUUGGAAAAGCUAUGCAAUAUGCAGACAAGGCUACAACUGUCUCCCCCACAUAUUCAAGAGAGGUUGCUGGUAAUCCUGCAGUGGCUCCUCAUCUUCACAAGUUUCAUGGUAUAAUAAAUGGAAUCGACCCAGAUAUAUGGGACCCAUAUAAUGAUAACUUCAUUCCUGUAUCAUACACAUCAGAAAAUGUUGUUGAAGGAAAAAAAGCUUCCAAGGAAGCCUUGCAACAAAAGCUUGGUUUAAGAAAAGUUGAUCUUCCUUUAGUGGGAAUUAUUACUCGAUUGACUCAUCAAAAAGGAAUCCAUCUCAUCAAACAUGCCAUAUGGCACACCCUUGAACGUGGUGGACAGGUUGUAUUACUCGGUUCAGCUCCAGAUCCUCGUAUCCAAAAUGAUUUUGUGAAUUUGGCCAAUGAAUUGCAUUCCUCUCAUAAUGAUCGUGCUAGACUUUGCCUUUCAUAUGACGAGCCUCUUUCACACUUGAUAUAUGCUGGUGCUGAUUUCAUUCUAGUUCCUUCAAUCUUUGAGCCAUGUGGACUUACUCAACUCACAGCAAUGAGAUAUGGUUCAAUACCUGUUGUUCGAAAAACUGGAGGACUUUACGAUACAGUAUUUGACGUUGAUAAUGAUAAGGAUAGAGCACAAGCGCAAGGUCUUGAGACAAAUGGAUUUAGUUUUGAUGGAGCUGAUACUGGAGGUGUUGAUUAUGCACUCAAUAGGGCAAUAUCAGCAUGGUAUAAUGGGCGUGAUUGGUUUAACGCUUUAUGCAAAAGCGUGAUGGAGCAAGAUUGGUCUUGGAACCGGCCUGCCCUUGACUAUUUGGAGCUUUACCAUGCAGCACGCAAAGCAAAAUGAAUAUGAUGCACAAAUUAUGAUUUAUUCCUUUUUAUACAGAUUUAGUGACAACCUAUAGUCUUAGAAUAAUUAGUUGCAUAUAGCGAAUCAUAGUGAAAAACAACUGCAAGGUGACAUCAGUUUGUAGAGACAAAACUCAAAUGGUUCAUUAUUUUGUUAGCAUGCAAUAAUGUAGGUAAACUUUACAUGGUUUUAGUAUAUGCUAUGCUAAGACACAAGUUGUGAAAUGCAUUGCAGAAUACAUUGACAUAUGCAAGUUCUUAUUUGUGCAUUACAGAAUUGGAAAUCAAGAAUACAAAAAAGAGUCAACCAAUC